ACAACGCCCGCCGCCGCCGCCGUCUCUCUUUACAUCUCACAAUCCCACUUGGGCCUCACCCUUGCGCUCAUGACUCCCCGCGCGCGCACUGCGACGCAUGCUGGGAGCUGGUACGAGGCAGAUGCCCCGCGUCUGGGACAGCAGCUCGAGGGCUGGCUCGCUCGCGUCGAUGCCUCGCAAAUCCCGCCGCCCGGUCGCAGCGCAGCGGACAUGAGCUCGCCGGCAUCGUCAAACAGCAGCGCCGCGGCUCCACUGCAUCUGCCCGCAGAUGGCGCCAAGGCUGUGAUUGCUCCACACGCCGGCUACUCGUACUCGGGCCCUGCCGCGGCGUGGGCUUACGCAGCCAUUCCGACGUCAGCCAUCAAACGCGUGUUUGUCCUCGGUCCCUCGCAUCACGUCUACCUCGACGGCUGCGCGCUGAGCAAGUGUGCGACGUACAAGACACCGCUCGGCGAUCUGCCACUCGAUCUCGAGACGAUUGCUGAGCUGCGUGCGUCUGGCGAGUUCAGCGACAUGUCGCAGGACACCGACGAGCAGGAGCACAGCAUUGAGCUGCAUCUGCCGUACAUCCGCCACGUCUGGAAAGACGACGCAAUCAAGAUUGUGCCGAUUCUGAUCGGCUCGAUCUCGUCGUCGAAAGAGGCGCACUACGGCCAGCUCCUUGCGCCGUAUCUGGCAGAUAGCGAGACGUUCUUCGUCGUCAGCUCGGACUUCUGCCACUGGGGCCAGCGUUUUAGCUACACGCGCUACGAGGCCGCUCCGGGCAAGCCCGUCUCUCUCAGCAGCCGCGUCGCGCCCGCGCCAGAGGUGCCGAUCCACACGUCCAUCCGGCGCCUGGAUGCGCGGGGCAUGGCGGCGAUUACCUUUCCUGCUCGCGAGAGUGCGGACGACGCCGCGGACGCCGCCUCGAGCUCGGGCGACGCCGAUGGUAAGACGGCAAGCGAGGCUCAGUCGGCCUUCCGGCAGUACCUCAAGGACACGCGCAACACGAUCUGCGGUCGCCAUCCCAUCGGCGUGCUGCUGGGCGCGCUGAGCGCCCUCGAGGAGGCGCACGGGCAGCAGGCCGAGUGCCGCUUCACACGCUACGAGCAAAGCUCGCAGUGCCUGCGUGCGAGCGACAGCAGCGUCUCGUACGCCAGCGCCGUCGUGCGCUUUCUGUAGGGCGGCGUGAGAGAGGUGGUAUACCGUGCAGCAGCAGGCGUCUCAGAGUAAUAUACAGAUCGUCGCCAGUCGUGUGAGGCGCAGAGCACACAGCCGAGGCGGGCCUCAGAAGAAGCCCCACUUGCUCGACGAGUUGCGCGCGGGCAUUUGCUUUUCCUGGUACACCUUGACGAGCGAGUCGAGCUUGUCCAUGACCUGCGGCGGCGUGUCAGCGCGGAGACGCGCGUGAGGCGGCGGGGCACUCACCAUUUCCAGCUUCUCCUUGCGCUGCUGCAGGUCGAGAUGCUUGCGCACCGCCGGAUUCUCGCGCGCAAACGCGGUGAGCUCCUCCUUGCCCAGGUCGUACACGAGGUGGCUG